CCCAGUCGGCAACGGCCACCGGAAGUGCUCAGUAAACCUACACUGAAGCUGCUGCCUGCAAAAGUGCGUCACAUCGCAGAGCUGCAGGGAAUAAACGCCAGAGCCCAACGCGCAUUUAUUUCGUCUUAUUUUUUUGGGAAAUCUAACGUGUUUGUGGCACAAUGGUGAAGAUCGCUUUCAACCCGGCUCUGGCGCAGAAAGCUCUCGUCAAGGAGCCUGCGGUGAAGGACCCCGAGCUCGCCACUGCUCCGACGGGCAUGGCAGGCUCCACGGGUCGUUGUUUGGUCACACUUCUGGGCAUCGCCUUCAUCCUCAGUGGACUCAUCGUGGGGGGAGCAUGUCUCUAUCGAUAUUUCACUCCCAAGAGGCUGUAUCACGGCGCCAUGCAGUUCAGCGACAUGUCAACCGUUGGUGAUACAGAAAGACAGCCUUACUAUCUCCCACUGGUGGAGGAAGAGGUGGAGAUUUCUGACAGCAUGGCCGUCAUCAGCGUCCCACCUCCCCGUUUCAGGCCCGGAGACCCUGCUUACAUCCUCCAUGACUUCAACAGGAAGCUUACCGCAUAUCUGGACUUGACUCUGAGGACCUGCUUUGUGAUUCCGCUGAACACAUCGGUGGUGCUGCCUCCUCAAGACCUCAUUGACCUCUUCUCACAGCUGAUGUCUGGCUCGUACCGCAGCUACCUGGUGCAAGAGGACCUUGUUGUAACGGAGCGCAUUGAUGACAUCAAGCCUCUGGGCCUCUACAUCCGCAGACUGUGCAGCGGCAAGGAAACCUACAGAAUGGAGCGCCGUGCCAGCCUACCAGGUCGAUUUAUGGAGAAGCGCUCUACAGAGGAGUGCUUCACCUUCCAUCACUUUGAAAACAAGUUUGUAACCGAGACCCGGAUCUGCAAGGCCUGAUGGGAGCGUGGUCCGAGUUUGAUGGCGAGAGCCUGAGUGACAGAGGCAGAGAGUUGGUGGGAGUAGGUGGCAGAGGAAACAACCUUCAGCUGAAAAGUUACAGAUGUAUUAAAGUGCAACUCCGGUUUUGAUUUGCAUUCCCUGCUUUAACCCUCAGUGAUAUGUGUUUUUAGCCUCCUCUGCUACAUUUCCUGAAAACUUUAUUGGUCUUAGCUUUCAACUAUUAACUGCUAGUGUUGUGCUAAAAAAAAAAAAAAAAAGAAAAAGAAAAAACCUGCAACCUCCAGUUAACCGAGGAUUUACAAAGUUUUUUUUUUCUUUUGUGUUGCUGUAGUUUCCUCCAAACUCCUCGUUAUGCUUCUGUAUUUCAACAUCUAUAUUACAGCAGACCUGUAUGUGUUGGCCUACAGCUUCACUGUAAGCACACAUGCAGAAAUAGUUGUAGGGCCGCUUUGUUUACUCAUGACAUGUACACUAUACUAUUGUGGGUUAUGUUUUGUUGUAGUACGAUAGCACCUUGGAAGUGUUAAAAGUUGCAGUCUUUACAUAGAAGCACAAAUCCAGAAAUCACUUCCCUAAAGUUUCUGCUGUCCCGCUGUAAUAUGUUUAUUUAAUGAUGUCAUCAGACGCUGAUGAACACUGUAGCUCUGUAUAGGACCUGUGAGUUUAACCCUUAUUUGUGUUAAAAAUCCUUAACCUUUGAGUAUAUAUUGUUUUGGGGAUCAUUUUAAUUCUUAUUUGUGUCAUAAAAUUGUUCUAAGAAAUUGGUUAUGAUCCAUGUUUUCCAAAUAUGUAAUUUGUUUUGGAUUUAUCAAAUAUAUUGCUUUAAAAGACAAACACACAUGCUUAUUGCAAUUGCCUUUGACUGUGACAGUAAGCGGUCUCGGUUAUUUUCAAUGGCGCCUGUCCAGAAAGACAAUCGAACGUGAAGCCUGCUUGGAAAUGUUUGCCCAUAUUUUUAACAGACUACAUGAUUAUUAGAUACACGUGGACAGCCACUUAACUGAUCUCACUUUGUUUGGUUAUUAAAGAUGAAUUUAAGUAAUGCA